AUGCACGCCCAAAGCCAAUCCUCUUUCUUCGCCAAACUGCCCCUGGAGGUGCGGGCUCAAAUCCAGAUUGAAUACCUCGCUGAAUACCUGCGACAGACCGCAGUGGACCGAGAGCGCAACAGGCCAUCCCACUACUACUGGAUCUUCUCGGCGCCAAUCUCCAACCUGUCCCUAUCAUGCAAGCAGAUGUUCAAGGAGAUGCGCCAGAGCCACGAGCCCGCGGGGGCAGGCAGGCGCUUCGCCCUCUUCCUCGUCAUGAGCAGCGGGCAGAGGGCCCUGGCCUCCGAGGGGAAGUCCUUCGAAUGGGACCUCAUCCGCCACGUGCGCUUCGUCAACGAGAUGGACUGCCUGUCCGACGACGUGCACCAGACCACCCACCUCAAGCAGGGCUUUCGUCGCAUGCUGAAAGACGCGACGAGGCUGGUCGAGCUGGAGCUGGAGUGGAAUCCUCGGAUGAGCAUCCUGCUUGGCGACGGCUACAUUACGGACGCGCGGGUCAUGGACGACAUGAUGGGAGGGAUGAGAUUGAGCUCUACGCUGCGCAGGCUGCGGCUAAGAGGCCCUUUCCCCAGAACCUGGACGGACCCUGAGCCGGAUGCUCUGCCGGGCGUGGAGACGAUAGUAGAGCCUGUCUUCAUGUGGCCGAAACGAGGGGAAGAGGAGCAAGAGAAACAAGAGGCACGGAGGAAGAAGGUGCAAUCUAUGGCUGAACAAAAGGCAAGGCGGAUCGCCCGUGAUGAGGAGAUGGCACGAACUUGGGAAGUCCGCGCAGAUUCCAGAUGGCAGAGGUUUCAACGAAAGCUCGGCUCUUGGAAAGGUAAGAAAUAA